AUACUACAGAUGGAGAACAAAAUCAAGGUGUCGAUCCGAGAGAUUUGUGUUCCGGAUCUGCAUCGACUUCUAAUGUCAACAAACGAACGAAAAAUAAAAGGCGUCGCGAGGUGCCACAAGAAUUUUCUCAUUCAUGGGUUGUCGGUACUUUGAAGGGCCACACCAGUAACAUCUUCAACAUGAGUUUCUCUAGCAACGGGAAACAACUUGCAUCCUGUGCCGAAGAUGCUGUAUUCAUAUGGUGUACUAAAAAUUUAGCAUCUAAAGCACGAAAAUCACUUCGCAUUAAUUUAGAAUACGAUUAUGCUAUAAUGAUAAGAUGGUCACCCGAUGGAAAAGCAUUUAUUCUACAUAAAGCUGUACAAAAUAUUAUAGAGGUUUAUAAAGUUACUAAAAAAUUGGAUGGUUUUAUAGCAUCGGCAACCAAAGUUCUUGAAUUUCCUCAGAAACAUAUUGCAAAUCCUGUUGGUUUGGAUAUCGCUUGUACCGGACGUUACAUAAUUAGUUGUAGCGAAGACAACGAUUUAAUAAUAUGGGAUUUAAAGGGUCAACCGCUUACAACGAUAGAACUCAAAUUGGGAUCGACUCAUAGAGCUCGUAUAUCACCGUGUGGACGUUUUGUAACAACGUCAGGAUUUACACCUGACGUUAAUGUAUGGGAAGUGGUGUUUAGUAAAUCUGGAGAUUUCAAACAGGUGUCUAAAGCCUUUGACCUUACCGGACAUUCUUCUGGUGUUUAUGAUGUCAACUAUAAUGCAGAUACAAGUCGUAUGGUUACAUUAUCUAAAGAUGGAACAUAUCGUUACUACAACACCAAAAUUGAAUUUGAAAAAGGAGAAGAUCCGCACGUACUUAUAACAGGUGUAUGGGACGUUACGACGCCAGCUAAUAUCGCAGUUUCACCUAACAGUGAAGUUUUAGUAAUAACACAUGGUUCAUCUCUUAGCUUUUAUAAUACCAUUACUGGCUCAUUGGACAAUACAAUUAGAGAUAUUUUUUCUAAUCCUAUAACUUGUGUUGCUUUCGAUGCAUUGGGAGAAUACGUAUUGGUUUCCGGUGAUAAACAUAUUAAAAUAUUCCGCAACGUAACUGGUUAUCGUGCAGCCAUAACAUCUGCUAAAUGUAAACUUAAGCAAAGACAAACGUCGGCUACUAAAGAACGCUUAGAAAAAUUAAUAACCGACUGUAAGGGAUUUCUUCAAGAGAUGGGCGAAGAAUAUUCCGAAUGACACCAACGAUUAUAUUUGCAAAUGUUUCUGUUCCUCUAUAACUGAAAUGUUUUAUAUCUUCUUAUAAAUAUUCUAUGCAAAAGAAAAAAAA